AUGGCUCCAAAAGGAAAGAAGGUUGCUCCAGCUCCAUUAGCUACUAAGGCUCCAAAGGCCGCCUCCACCAAGAACCCAUUGUUCGAAUCCACCCCAAAGAACUUCGGUAUUGGUCAAUCCAUCCAACCAAAGAGAAACUUGUCCAGAUUCGUCAAGUGGCCAGAAUACGUUAGAUUGCAAAGACAAAAGAAGAUCUUGUCUUUGAGAUUGAAGGUUCCUCCAGCUAUUUCUCAAUUCCAAAACACCUUGGACAAGAACACCGCUGCUCAAGCCAUCAAGUUGUUCAACAAGUACAGACCAGAAACCUCUGCUGAAAAGAAGGAAAGAUUGACCAAGGAAGCCGCUGCCAUCGCUGAAGGUAAGACUGCCAAGGAUGUUUCUCCAAAGCCAGUUGUCGUCAAGUACGGUUUGAACCACGUUGUCUCCUUGAUCGAAAACAAGAAGGCCAAGUUGGUUUUGAUUGCCAACGACGUUGACCCAAUUGAGUUGGUCGUUUUCUUGCCAGCUUUGUGUAAGAAGAUGGGUGUCCCAUACGCUAUCAUCAAGGGUAAGGCCAGAUUAGGUACUUUGGUUCACAAGAAGACCUCCUCUGUCGCUGCCUUGACCGAAGUCAACUCUGCUGACGAAGCCGAAUUAGCCAAGUUGGUCUCUACCAUCAACGCUAACUUCAUCGAAAAGUACGAAGACUCCAGAAGACACUGGGGUGGUGGUAUCAUGGGUUCUAAGGCCGUCGAAAAGAAGGCUAAGAGAGCUAAGAACCUCGAUGUUGCCCCAACCAACUAAGUUUAGUAUUCAUAUUAAACAAAUAAUAAUGUGUGCAAUAGAGCAAUGUAGUAGUUAUAACUCAGUCAAGGUUAAUAUCUUGACCUAGAUUUUAUUUAAGAGGACACGAGCAAACCACUUGAUCUGGCUAACUUGCCCAGGUCAGUAACUGUCCCAAAAAAUAAAUGUGAAGAU